GCCUGGGGCGGCGCUGGCCCCACCGCUCUGCCCUCCCCGAGCUGGCGGUUAAUCAUUGAUGGGAGCGUCUGGGGGGCUGGCCUGGGCGGAAAGUGUUCACGAGGCCUUUGGCGUGACCGGGAAACCAUGCUCCAUCCGUGGGGACCGCUGGCCGCUAUCUGGGCCCUGCCGGCUUCCCCCCCGUCAGGCCCCGUGGAAAGCAGCGAAGCAUCCAAAGACACUGCCUCAGUCCCAAAGUGCCACCCGCCCUGCCAGGAGGCUGGCUCUACCGAGCAGGUGCCCAACGGAGACGCCGAGACGGACGGAGACAGCGGCACGACCCCCAAGGGCAGGCAGCAGCCGGCCGAGGACGAGACGGACAGCCUGGCGGACGGCGAGCCGGGCCGCGCCCUGGAGAACGGCCGCUGCACCCCCAAGGACGGCCUGGACCCCCAGGCCGAUGAGGGCAAAGAAGAGAAGGAAGAAAACACCUACGAGACGAUGAAAAUGGAGGGAUCGCGAGGCCGCCUGCGUGGAGGCCUGGGCUGGGAGUCGAGCCUGCGCCAGAGGCCCAUGCCACGUCACACCUUCCAGGCCGGGGACCCCUACUACAUCAGCAAGAGGAAGCGGGACGAGUGGCUGGCCCGCUGGAAGCGUGAGGCAGAAGCUGGUGCCGAGGAGUGCAGUAAGGACCCUCCAGGAGCGCAGCCCCGUGCGGGCAGGAGAGUCCCGGCAGGGCCAGCUCCCCCACAGCCGGCCCCGCCAGCGUCACCUGGGGAAGGAUCCAGGUUUCCUCGCAGCCUGGGGCCUCUCGGGCAUGUUCGCGAGGCGCAGACUGAUAACCCGCCGGCCUCCCAGCUUCACAAGGCUGAGAAGAAGGCCAAGGUCAUCGCCGUGAUGAACGUGGUGGAGGAGACGCCCCGGGCAGAGCCCCAGAAGGAGGAGGAGGCCAGCCCGCCCGCCUCGCAGCAGCCCACCGACCCUGCCUCGCCCAAUGUGGCCACCACGCCUGAGCCAGUGGUGGCCGACGCCGUGGACAAGAGCACGUCCAAGUCGGCCGACGACGAGCCGGAGUAUGAGGAUGGCCGCGGCUUCGGCAUCGGCGAGCUGGUGUGGGGCAAGCUGCGCGGCUUCUCUUGGUGGCCCGGGCGCAUCGUGUCCUGGUGGAUGACGGGGCGCAGCCGCGCGGCCGAGGGCACCCGCUGGGUCAUGUGGUUCGGAGACGGCAAGUUCUCGGUGGUCUGCGUGGAGAAGCUCCUGCCCCUCAGCUCCUUCUCCAGCGCCUUCCAUCAGGCCACCUACAACAAGCAGCCCAUGUACCGCAAAGCCAUCUACGAGGUCCUGCAGGUGGCCAGCACCCGGGCAGGGAAGAUCUUCCCGGCGUGCCCCGAGAACGACGAGACGGACACGUCCAAGGCGGUGGAGAUCCAGAACAAGCAGAUGAUCGAGUGGGCUCUGGGGGGCUUCCAGCCAUCGGGGCCCAAGGGCCUGGAGCCGCCGGAAGAGGAGCGCAACCCCUACAAAGAAGUUUACACAGAGAUGUGGGUGGAGCCAGAAGCCGCCGCCUACGCCCCCCCUCCGCCCGCCAAAAAGCCCCGGAGAAACACAACGGAGAAGCCGAAGGUCAAGGAGAUCAUCGAUGAGCGCACCCGAGAGCGGCUCGUGUACGAGGUGCGGCAGAAGUGCAGGAACAUCGAAGAUAUCUGCAUCUCCUGCGGGAGCCUCAACGUCACCCUGGAGCACCCGCUCUUCAUCGGAGGGAUGUGCCAAAACUGCAAGAACUGCUUUCUGGAGUGCGCGUACCAGUACGACGACGACGGCUACCAGUCCUACUGCACCAUCUGCUGCGGCGGGCGCGAGGUGCUCAUGUGCGGGAACAACAACUGCUGCAGGUGCUUCUGUGUGGAGUGCGUGGACCUGCUGGUGGGCCCCGGCGCGGCCCAGGCGGCCAUCAAGGAAGACCCCUGGAACUGCUACAUGUGCGGGCACAAGGGCAUCUACGGGCUGCUGCGGCGGCGAGAGGACUGGCCUUCCCGCCUGCAGAUGUUCUUCGCCAACAACCACGACCAAGAGUUUGACCCGCCAAAGGUUUACCCGCCAGUCCCGGCUGAGAAGAGGAAGCCCAUCCGCGUGCUCUCGCUCUUCGACGGGAUUGCCACAGGUCUGCUGGUGCUGAAGGAUCUGGGCAUCCAGGUGGACCGCUACAUCGCGUCAGAGGUGUGCGAGGACUCCAUCACCGUGGGCAUGGUGCGGCACCAGGGCAAGAUCAUGUACGUCGGGGACGUGCGCAACGUCACCCAGAAGCACAUACAGGAAUGGGGCCCCUUUGACCUGGUGAUCGGAGGAAGCCCGUGCAACGACCUCUCCAUCGUCAACCCUGCCCGGAAGGGCCUGUACGAGGGCACCGGGCGGCUCUUCUUCGAGUUUUACCGCCUCCUCCAUGAAGCCCGGCCCAAGGAGGGCGACGACCGGCCCUUCUUCUGGCUCUUCGAGAACGUGGUGGCCAUGGGCGUGAGCGACAAGCGGGACAUCUCGCGCUUCCUCGAGUCCAACCCCGUGAUGAUCGAUGCCAAAGAGGUGUCUGCCGCGCACCGGGCCCGGUACUUCUGGGGUAACCUUCCCGGUAUGAACAGGCCCCUGGCAUCGACCGUGAACGACAAGCUGGAGCUGCAGGAGUGCCUGGAGCACGGCAGGAUAGCCAAGUUCAGCAAAGUGCGAACCAUCACCACUCGCUCCAACUCCAUCAAGCAGGGCAAGGACCAGCACUUCCCCGUCUUCAUGAACGAGAAGGAGGACAUCCUGUGGUGCACGGAGAUGGAGAGGGUCUUCGGCUUCCCAGUCCAUUACACAGACGUGUCCAACAUGAGCCGCCUGGCCAGGCAGAGACUGCUGGGCAGAUCCUGGAGCGUGCCAGUGAUCCGCCACCUCUUUGCUCCCCUGAAGGAGUAUUUUGCCUGCGUCUAGAGGGGACGCGCGCGCAGGAACUGGUGCCGCGGAGCUCCCCGCAGCCACCACCGCCCAGGAGAGCAGCGACCACGCGGACGACAGAAGAAUCAGCACCCGGACGCCAGCACGGGCCCGCCCCGCCCGGGCCCCGGCGCCCCCACGAGGCCGCCCGCGCCGCCCCCCCACAUUCAGCUUUUAGCCUAUUUAAAAAGAAAAAAAAAGGAAAAAAAAGAAAACGAAAGAGAGAGAGAGAGAGAGAGAAAGCAAGAAAAAAGCCAAGCCUUUUUUUUUGGUAACCCUUUAAUUCCCCACUCGUUUCUGGACGGGUCUUUCUGCGAGCUUGGUUCCCGCGGCUCCCGGCCGCCAGCAGAGACGAGGGAGGCUUGCCCUGUCCGGAGCAGGAGGGAGACGCCACGCCGCGGUCGCAGAAGCCCAGAGAGGGGCCCGCAGAGGAGGAGGAGGAGGAGGAGGAGGUGGCGGCAGCCCCGGCGGGCGUCCGAGGGCCGCGCGGGCAGGUUGGGCCCGGCCGGCUCCUUCCCUCCCGGCGCUGGAGCCUCGCGCCCGCCCGCCAAGACAAGCCGCCGCGCCGGGAAGCCGAGAACGCACGCGCCACAUCACACCCUUUUCUACAGUAUCUUGGGUGCCUACCAUACAGGAGACCUUGAAGAAAGAUCCUAGAAGCCGCUGUUACCUCUUGUUUACAGUUUAUAUAUAUAUGAUAGAUAUGAGAUAUAGAUAUAUAUAUAUAUAAAAGGUACUGUUACUACUGUACAACCUGACUUCAUAAUGGUGCUUUUCAACAGCGGGGUGAGUCGAAACAUCAGCUUCCAUGUUGCCUUACGGGCCGGGGCUUUCCGGGGGGCACGGGGCAGGCCACGGCGCGGCCCCCCCGGGCGGCGAGCGCGGGACGGGGCAGGGCCGGGAGGCAGCCUGGGCCCCCAGUCAUGCAAUAACCUUUUUUCUCUUGUCUCAAAGGAAAGCCUCCCGUCCCCGCCGGGGGGAGGAGAGGGGCCGGGGCCCGGGAGAGCGAGCCCCCGCGGGAGAAUAAACAACGUACACGCGUACUGGUGCUGUUCUGCGUACGUCGCCUUUGUGUGUUCUUUUCCGAGGGGCGCCCUCCCCACCCAGCCCCAGCCGGAUGGCCGGCUCCGGGGAUGCUGCGUCCUCGGAGUCCACGAUCCUGCUUGCGUCGGCGGCUCCCCGUGUGCUGGGGCGCGGGCAGGCAGCCGGCGCCAGGGAGGUAGGGCGAGAGGCCGCGGGGGAGAGCUGGGGACGGUGCUACUCCGGUGUCCCCAGCCCCGGAGGCCAGGCCGGAGCAGCAGUGCGGGGGGGGGAGCUGGGGCCGCUACCCGGCCCAGGUGCUAUGUUUGCAGAGGCGCGUGGCCAAAGCUAAACUCGUAGGGCCACGUUCUCUGCUGGAGCCGCACCCCCACGCCUGCUGAGGGCCUGGCCGCCAGGGAAGCCCACGGGGCAGGGGCCUGUGGCUCCGGCAGCCCCCCAGGGCUGAUGGUGCUGGGCUGAGGGCCCCCUGCCUUGUGGGCCAUGCCCUCCCCCGGGGCACACGCCCCCUCUCCCUCCCGCGGUGCUGUAGGCUCACGCCCACGUAGGCAUGUGACGCACCCCGGGCCUUCCAGCCGGCUCCUACCCACGUGCACACAGGCCAUGGAGCACGCCUUUCCCCAUGCACACGCGCACCAUAGCACACACCCUGUCACCCCGGAGUGUCGCGGUGAAGGCACAUGGCCCCUCCUGUCCGCACGUGCAGACGUGCUGCGAGGAGGACCCCUCUGUUAGCAUGGACACACAUGCAUGCACACACACGCACACAUGCCAGGCAGUGCUGGCAGCUCUCUGCCCACCGGGCAGGUUCUGCGUGCAGGCCUGCAUGAGUACACGCCCUCUUCACGUCCGGUCCUCUGGGGCGGCUCGUGCUGGCGUGUGCGCGUGCACGCCUGCAUGCAUGCAGCCCGGGAGGCAGUGCGGCGCUGGGCUGCUGCAGGUGCUUCCCCACCCCCCGUGAGGCAGGUCAGGCCAGUCAUGGGCUCCUCCCAGCCCUGGGGUGUGGGGGUUCAUGCCCCCCAGCCCAGACUCUUUCAUGCCCCAAAAGGGCACCAAGCUAAGCUAGGGCAGGACAGGGCAGGCUGCAGUGCCUCCCCGGGCACAGUCGUGCCCCUUUAGAGCCAUAGGCACAGAGAUCUGCAGAGGGGAGCAGGCAGCGGGACGUGUGGGGCUUGCCAGGAUCCAGCGGGGACUGGGGCCUGGCUCCCUGGCAGGAGGGCUGUGGCUCCACGAUCAUUCAUGCAGCUACACCGGAGCUGCAGCCUGGCUGCCAGGGACGCCCCCAGCUCCCUUGGCCCCUGGGCGCUGGGUAGGCCGGGCCAUGGAGGGCAGGAGCAGGGUGCUGCUAACCUUGGGCACAGCUAAGCCGGGACGGAGCAGCGAGGGCCUAGUGUAGAUACAGCCCCGCAGCCACCAGCCUUCCCCAGGACCCCGUGGGCUAGCACGGCCCUUGCCUCUUGUGCUCGUGGCUCUUGGGGCAGGAGGGGCUCAGGGCUGAUGUCUGCGGGGGCCAGAGCUGACGGAGAAGGGCAGGCGCAGUCGGGGCAGACAGAGCCGCAGGGAGGGACCGGUGCUACGGCGUGGGGGGCGGCUCCGGCCCCCGUCGCCAUCUCCUUCCGUAACUGUGAAUGGUGCUGGGGUCUCUCAGGACGCGGGGGCACGGCAGCUUGCUAGCGCGGGAGCAGGGCAUCCCCCGUGCCCAGGCUCCCCCUGCCUCACCCCCUUGCCCGGGGUGGGGACAACAUAGCCAGCGGAGUCGGCCACGGCUCCUGUGCCGCCCGGGCCGCGUGACUGGUGCUAACGGGGCAGCUCCAGGCCCCCGAGAACUGCACGCGCCCCGGGGGGACGGGGACGGGCUUUCUGGGGCUCUGGACCGCCCGGGGGGGGGCACAGCCCAGCCUGGCACCAGCUCUUAAUCUUUACGUUUUGGUAAAGCAGGCCGGACGCGCCCCGUCCCCGCGCCGGGCUCCCCCGUCUCAGCCCGGCCGUGCCCCGGGGCUGCGCCGGGGGGGCCGUGAGCCCCGCGACCCGCGGGGAAAAUCAGGUCCCUGUGGUCUCUCCACAAACUGGAAACUCUGGGAAGGGACCUUGGGCCAAGCUCUGAGCCGUCUGUUUCUCCCCUCCCCGCUCCCCGCCUCCGCGGGGCUUUGGGGUCUUCGGGGCCAUCUGCCGCCGGCCACGGGGGCAGGCCCUGGAGUCCUCCAAAGCCCAACGCGCAGCUUUUUAGUUGAAAUAAAAAAAGAGGAUAAAAAAAUCCCCUCCCCCCUGCCCCCCAGAUCGGGUUGCAAAGCCCAAGAUCGUCCCUAUCCCCAAAAUACAAAAGCCUAAAUCCCUUAAAAGAAUCUGCCGCGGGAGGAGGUGACAAAAAAAAACAACAAAAAAAAUACAAAAAAACAAGGUGCUAAAACAUUUUAUUAAAAAUAUAUAUUGUUAAAUUAAGUCUGCUGUCUGGACAAUGACUGUUUGUUUUGUUCUCUUGUAGUGGAGUUUCAAAGAGCACUAUUAUUUUCCUCUUCUAUAUUAUUAUGAAAACAGAAAAAAAAAACCAGAAAGGCAUUUUAACUUUGUACUUGAAAACGAAAAAGAAAAAAAACCGACAAAAAAAAACAAAACAAAAAAAAAACUAAACGAAAGAGUUCAUGUGUUUUAGCCUAGGCAUUGAAGUAGCUGAUGCUUAACUCUUUGUGGGAAAUCAUGUAUUAUUCAUCCUGACGAAUAAACGCUGUCGCGGACUUGGUAACCCCCUCGACCCCGUCGCUUCGCUGCGCUCGAGCCCUGACAUUCCAUGCUGCCGGCGCCCGCCCUCCUCGGUUCUUUCCUUUGGGCCCUCGGGCCCGGCCGUCUCUUGCCGCUUGGUUUGGUUUUGGUUCUUCUCCUCUUUUUUCUUUGUUUUUGUUUUUUUUUUUUUUAAUUUUUUUUGUUUGUUUUUUGUUUUUUUAGGGUCGCUUCUAUAUUUAUUGACAAUAACUAAUGUGCAUUUCACAGUAUGGUCCUCUGCGGCGGCCGGCCCCGGCCCCCGCCCGCCUGUUGUAUCUGUGUAAGUAAAUGCUCGUGACAUAGCUGUUCUGAACUAAUUAAAAAGGUCAAUGCGUGCAGCAGAUGUAGGGAGUCUGUCCGUUUUCGCUUCCAUCCCACCUUUCUUUUUUCUCUUUGGUGCCCAGACAACUAUAAUAAUAAAGAAAAGACAAAAAAAGCUCCUUUCUAAUGUACUUGUGCUGGAGAACACUUGAAUAAAUGUACUGUUUUGUGCAAAAAAAAAAAACAAAAAAAAGGAAAAAAAGGAAAAAAAAAAACCCCAAA